AUGAAAGAUAAAAUCUAUCGAACAUGGAAAGAGGCAAAAAGCGCAAAAAUAUGGGAUGCUGAUCGCGAAUGCUAUUUGGAUCCUAAAGGAAACAUAGUUGUUGAACCUUCAUCAAUCAGUGUUGAAACUCUCAUAGAGCAAAUAGCAGAAGAAGAAGAAGAAGAAGAAGAAGAAGAAGAAGCAAGACAGAGAAUGUGGGCACGAGAAGCUGAAGAAAAGUUGAAGUCAAAAAAGGUCGAUGAUGGGAUAAUCGACACGACAAAAGAGUUCACAGCAGAUAACCUGAAGAAAAUGGCUGAUAAAGUUCUUGCAGCGAAAGAGUUAGAGGUAGAUUCUAAGUCUGGAACUGAGUCAAAGAACAAGGUCAGUUCUAAUGAUUCAACAAAUGAGUCAGAACGAAUUAGGAAAGAAAAUGAAAAGUUAAUUCAUGAAAACCGUCAACUUUCCAAAAAUUACGAGAAGCUAAAUAGAACGAUAAAAGAUUCUGAUGAAAGAAAUGAUAAAACAACCAAAGAAAAUCUUCAACUGUCAGGAGUACUUCAGUCGAAAGAAAAGAAAAUCAACCAACAGGUGGAUGAGAUUGCUAAUCUGAAGCUUCAGUUUCAGGAGGCUAGCAUUGAAAAUGAACGAAUCAAUCUGAAACUCAACAGUUACAACUCCGCAAGUUUUGUUCUUCAACAUAAUGUUCCUAAACCAAUUGGGAAGAACAAAGCUGACGAAGAUGUAUAUUCGGACGGAACUGGGGUUGGGUAUCAUCAGUUUCCACCGCAAGUAUUGAAUAAUUUUUCAAAGAAAAAGUCCGGGUUGGUUAACGAUAAUGAAACAAAUGAGGUUAAACUUCCAGAAACAAUCGACGUCACAUUCACUUCAUCAUUCGAUGAAGACAGUGUUCAGUCCGAAGUUGUUAAAAGUAUGGUUGAAAAUGUUUUGAAAUCUGAAAGUGAUUUAACUAAGGAAGAAGAAUGCUUGAACAAUUACAUUCCGAAAUCAACAUCCAAAAACAACUUAAGUGAAGAACCUACUCUUGUGAUGUACAAAAUGUCGGGAUCAGAUAAGUUGUAUUCGGAUAUUGAAUUUCCUUUGAAAAAUGUGAAUGUUGACAAAUUGAAAAAUGUGUUCAAGUUGGUUGAGAUUGAUGUGUCUGAGAUUGAAGGGAAGAAGUAUGUUCCGAAGAAAGACCAACCAUCUGGUCAACCUCAAAAAGACGAAUUUUUCUUGUAUAAAGAGGUUGAGGUUAGGACUGAAGAAAGUUUAAAGAUGAAUGACAAAAAUUUCCCGCCAUUGUACACCAAAACCAUAAUUCUAAACGUCAAGCUACUUGAGUCGAAAGAGGCUUGGAAUCUUCCAAGAUCCAUCUCACGUUGGAUAAUGGAUAGUGGAGCUUCUCAGCACAUGACGGGGAAGAAAACCCUACUCUACGAUGUUCGAGGGUUUAAUGGAGGAUAUGUGGGAUUUGCAGGCAAUCAAGGUGGUCGUAUAGUUGGUGAAGGAACUUUUUCCAAUGGUAUUGUCACAUUUGAAAGAGUAAACUACAUCGCUGAGCUUGAAAACAAUCUUCUGAGCAUCUCUCAGAUCUGUGACCGUAUGUAUUCAACACACUUCAUGGAUAAGGAAUGUUUGAUUCUGAAGCCGGGGUUUGUUGUCCCCGAAGAGUGGGUUAUCAUGUGA